CAGGUACCCGGGUCCCGCCGCCUAAGCCCCGCCCUCCCUCCCUCCCUCCAGUCAGUCAGUCGGCAGCCGCAGCGGCCGGGAUGGCGUCCAACGAUCUUGGCAAUUUUGGUCAGCCCUCCGCCCAGAACUACGGCGGUUACAACGCCCAGUCCGGGCAGGGUGGCUACUCGCAGCCUCCCCCACAGGGAUACAGUCACCAGGGCUACAGCGGCUACAGCCAGUCGACUGACACGUCCGGCUACGGUCAGAGCAGCGGCUACGGUUCCUCCUACAGCCAGGCACAGACCGGGUAUGGGACCCAGCCAACCUCUCAAGGCUAUAGUCACUCCGGCCAGGGCGCCUACAGUUCCUCUGGUUAUGGCAGUACCCAGGCACCUCAGAGUUCCUAUGGACAGCAGUCUUCCUACCCCAACUACGGGCAGCAGACACCUUCAGCCACCUCCUCCAGUAGCUAUGGGGGGACGAACUCGCAGACAACCAGUUACGGGCACCCCCAGAGCAGCAGCUAUGGCCAGCAGCAGAGCUCCUACGGCCAGCAGCCGGGACCCUACGGCCAGCAGCAAGGCUCCUACGGCCAGCAGCAGGGGUCAUACGGCCAGCAGCAGGGGUCGUACAACCAGCAGCAAGGUCCCUAUGGGCAGCAGGGCGGCGGCGGCUAUGGGCAGCAGGGUCAGUACAGCGGCAGCGGCGGAGGCGGCUCGGGAGGAGGCGGAUACAACCAAGACUCGAGCCCCGGAGGUGGAUACGGUAGCCAGGAGCCGGGCGGCUACGGAGGAGGGCAGCCGGAUGGCCGGGGUCGAGGCCGAGGCGGUUACAGCCGUGGGGGUGGAGGAGGAGGAGGUGGAGGAGGAGGAGGCGGCGGCGGCGGCUUCGAGCGAGGCGGGGGAAGAGGGAGCCGCGGAGGCCGAGGCGGGGGCAUGAGCGGUGGUGAACGAGGUGGAUUCACUAAGUUUGGUGGUCCCCGGGACCAAGGGCCAGGAGGCACAAACCCAGGCUCCGACCAGGACAACUCUGACAACAACACCAUCUUCGUCCAGGGACUCGGUGAGAAUGUGACCGUGGACACGGUGGCCGACUUCUUCAAGCAGAUCGGUGUGAUCAAGAUGAACAAGAGGACCGGGCAACCCAUGAUCAACCUGUACACAGACCGUGAGACGGGCAAACUGAAGGGCGAGGCUACGGUCUCCUUCGACGACCCUCCCUCUGCUAAGGCAGCCAUCGACUGGUUCGACGGGAAGGAGUUCAACGGCCACAUGAUCAAGGUGUCCUUCGCCACACGCCGCACCGAGUUCAGCCGUGGAGGCAUGAGGGGCGGAGGGGGGCGAGGAGGCGGAGGACGCGGCGGUCCAAUGGGCCGCGGAGGCUUUGGAGGUGGUCCCCGAGGUGGAUUCUCUGGUGGUGGUGGAGGAGGAGGGGGCGGUGGCGGCGGUCAGCAGCGAGCCGGUGACUGGAAGUGCACAAAUCCGACCUGCGGGAACAUCAACUUCUCGUGGAGGAACGAGUGCAAUCAGUGCAAGUCCCCCAAGCCCGAGGGAGGUGGCGGCCCCCCACAGAUGGGUGGAUUCGGAGGAGGAGAGCGCGGAGGCCGCGGUAACUUUGACCGUGGCGGAUUCCGCGGCCGCGGAGGGGACCGAGGGGGGUUCCGGAGCAGAGGGGGCGACCGAGGUGGUUUCGGCAUGGGAUCCGGGAAAAUGGACUCCAGGAGUGAUCACAGACAAGACCGAAGAGAGCGACCAUAUUAGACUAUGUACAUAUUCAUUGGGACCUUGGGAUUUCUACCUUCUAUUUUUUAUUUUGUAUACGGUUUCUGUGUUGUGCAUCAAACUGUGUAAUAACCGUUACAUCGCGUGAGAGGAGCUGUUUUUUUUUGUAUUUGUUGGAUUUUAACCUGUAUUUUCCACAAAAGUUGACAUUAAACUUCCAGCUGUUUUAA